UUAAAAUUGUGCUCUUGACUUAAGAGAACAUAAGUGAAAGAAAAUCAAGACAAAAAAUAAAAAUAAAAAUAAAAAAAAAGUUUUCAAUUCUUUUAUUAUUUCCCCUAAGGCGUAAACAAAAUAAUGGCUAACGAUAUGUUUUUAAUAUUUAAUAAUGGUUUGCGAAUGCCAACUUUAGGUAUUGGCACCUGGCAAGCACCCGAUGACGAAAUUGAAUUCGCUUUGGAUCUUGCUUUGGAGAUUGGCUAUCGACACAUAGACACCGCACCAGUUUAUCGGAACGAAAAAGCCAUAGGUCGAGUAUUAAAGAAAUGGCUCGCUUCUGGUAAAAUAAAGCGAGAAGAAUUGUUUAUCACCACCAAGUUGCCACCGCCAGCCAACAAUCCGGCUUACGUGGAACCGACUAUAAAAAACUCUCUGGCCGAUUUGCAAUUGGAUUAUGUGGAUUUGUAUUUGAUACAUGUACCAUUCGGUGUUUUCAUGGAGAACGAUGACUUCAAGCGUGACGCCAACGGGCUGCUAGAAAUUGACUCUUCUACCGACCAUAUUGCCAUUUGGAAGAAAAUGGAGCAUUUGGUAGCUUUAGGUUUAACUAAAUCUAUCGGUUUAUCAAAUUUCAAUCAAGAGCAAAUCCGUAGAAUUUUAAACAACUGUACCAUUAGACCCGCUAACCUGCAGAUUGAGCAUCACAUCUAUUUACAACAACCGAAUUUGAUUAAAUUUUGUGAAACUGAAGGCGUCACUGUUACUGCAUAUGCUCCGCUUGGUUCUCGAGGCGUUGCUAGCUUAAAUAAAAUGGUUGGUGUUGAACGUGAUUUACCCGAUUUGUUGGAUGUACCGUUAGUUAAGGAGAUUGCUAAGAAUUAUGGCAAAACGCCAGCUCAGGUCUUAAUACGUUGGAUACUCGAUUGCGGCUUGGCCACAAUACCAAAAAGCACAAAUCGUGAGCGUUUGCGUCAAAAUUUCAAUGUUUUUGAUUUCGCUUUAACAGCAGAAGAGAUCAAAAAGCUGAAAUCCUUGGAUGCCAACAUACGCAUAUGCGAUUUCCAAUUUUUCCCCGGAGUUGAAAGGCAUCCCGAGUUUCCCUUUGACGUAUAGUAAAUUUAUAAAAUAACGGUUAAUAAUUUUGAUUGCACAAUAAUUACAAUUUUGUAGAAUUACAAUAAAAGAAGAAAAAAAAAAUGAACCAACUUUGACGUCACCACGAUA